AUUACUUCCCCAGCGCUGCUAGGCCCGAUGCCGACGAUCAACCAUCUCCAUCUCUCCCCCGUAGCAGACCCUGGCGACGUUGGUCCUAACAAUGGGACACCGCCUGCCAAAGGGCGCCUCACCCCAGGUUUGGUCUCCGUGAUGAUCAUCGGCGUUCUCGGACUCGCCGGCAUCAUCGCGGUCGCCAAGUGGUACAAGACCGGCAGAUCGGUCAAGUCGGGGACGCGGGGUAGCCCUCUCCCUGGAGCGGGGCCCCGCCUCCAUCCUGUUUCAUCGGGCUUGCGCGCGAACAACACUCGUCGGAGCGCCGACCCUGCAGACGAAAUCAAGCUGUCUCGGCAUACUUCAUGCUCCUCCGAGCGCACACUUGCCACGUACCCUGUACCUCGCUAUGCGAAUCCAGCGCAUUCGGGUGCUCAUCCGGCGCAUGAUUCCCUUGGCCAGUCGCCGCCCGCGUACGACGACGAUCGCUCCGUGGUGACACUACCACCGGCCGCGUACCUUGGUAGUCUUCGCGGACACGCACAAGAUAUGUCCUCCGAUAAGCCGUUCCGACCGAUGAUUCCCGGCGAAAGCUAAAUCCAGCGACCGUUGGUAUCGCCCAUCAAAGUCCUCGUCGCUGACGAGCACCACAUUCCUCUCCAGCUAUUAUCGACAUACAUGCACGACAAUCUAUUGACGCCAUUUCCAUAACCAGUUCGAAUGGCGCGCAUGAGCGGAGCCCCGUAUCCAAUAGGGAGGCCCGGCCAAUGUGCGGAUAUUCUUAUCCUUUCAUUAUUCGCCGCGCAAAUCCUUAGAAUACGCAUGCCAUCCGAUCCAUGUCCGCGCUUUCAUCUUUUCACCUUUUCGCAUCUGCUGUUCGCAACUUCGCUCUCGACGCUGUGCCCUUGUUUUCGUAAUACGGACCGCUCGUCCCCGCUUAUGCUCGACCCUCGCCCUUCGCAAUGCUGCACAAUUGUAUCAAC